AGGUUUAAGAUGGCCGGCGAUGAGGAGAAGAUCGGUUGGAUGUCCGACAAUAACGCCAAAGAGUGCUACGAAUGCGGCGAUAAGUUCACGGCAUUGCGGCGAAGACAUCACUGCCGGAUCUGCGGUCAGAUAUUUUGCACGAAAUGCGCGGACGACGAGAUUGACGCCAAACUUCUGGGCCUAAGCUGUCGCGGAUCCGUUCGGUCGUGUCAUUACUGUUACAAAAUUGUCAAUCAAUUCAUUAAUGACAAACAUUUGGACACAAACUCCGCGAAUAGAGACUCGGAUUUCAAUCAGUUUCGGGAAAUUAUUUUCUCCAAAGGUUUCGCACAAAACGCUUGUCUCGACCAAAACGAGUCUUCUUUGCCAAUCAGAUGUGCGGAUCAGUUGAGCGUUAAUCCGAUCCCAAGCCCUCACUCUUUGAUGUCAUUUCGACGCAAGGGUUCCAUUGGUUUUCGCGAAGAAGAAUAUGCAAAACCAAAGUCACGGGUUAUAGACAUUGAUAAGGAGGCCUUAACUAAGAUAAGUAGCGCUUCCGCAUCGCCUUUGCAUAAAGCGACUUUAAGACAAACAAAGCCGUCGGUCUCUCCCGGCAGACGGAUAGCGUAUUCGACGUCAACCUAUGAUAUAGAGAUGGACUUCGAGAAGGAUCGGGUCUUUAUUAGUAAAGCCGACAAAAAGGAUGAAUCCAUUGAUAAUUCUUUGGAUGAGAAGCCAAUGGAAAUUCAAACGACAACAACGGAUGGAUUGAGCGUUGAUUUCGAAGUGACGACCGCUUCCUCUAAUUGGGUACUUCUUAAAGACGGAACCGAAGAAAAUUAUGGCUCAGAAACCACUUUAAGACAGACAAAGCCGUCGGUCUCUCCCGCCAGACGUAUAGCGUAUUCGACGUCAACCUAUGAUAUAGAGAUGGACUUCGAGAAGGAUCGGGUCUUUAUUAGUAAAGCCGACAAAAAAGACGAAUCUAUUGAUAAUUCUUUGGAUGAGAAGCCGAUGGAAAUUCAAACGACAACAACGGAUGGAUUGAGCGUUGAUUUUGAAGUGACGACCGCUUCCUCUAAUUGGGUACUUCUUAAAGACGGAACCGAAGAGAAGUUUGUUUACGAUUCACUCAACAAUACGUACAAUAAAUUAUACGUCAAACGAGUGUCUGUCACUGAGUUGGCUAAAUGUGAUCCAUCGGAUGUCUACCAAAAUAAGUUUGUUUACGAUUCACUCAACAAUACGUACAAUAAAUUAUACGUCAAGUUAUUGACACAAUUGUUGGAAGACGAGUGUCUGUCACUGAGUUGGCUGAAUGUGAUCCAUCGGAUGUCUACCAAAAUCUCAUCAGUGGUUCGACCCGACAGUCACAACGAUAUCGACGAAAUGGAUAUCAGAAAUUAUAUUAAAAUUAAGACAAUACCAAAUGGCGUGAAAAAUGAUUGCCAUAUUAUAAAUGGUAUUGUGUUUACUAAAAACGUGUCCAAUCGUCGGAUGAGACAAAUCAUAACUAACCCAAAGAUUCUUCUGCUUUCGUGUUCUAUUGUUUAUCAAAGAUAUGAAAAGAAGUUAACAAUUUUGGACACAAUUCUAUUGCAAGAGAAGGAAUACAUUCAAAAUUUAGUCGCAAAAAUCUGUUCUUACGGUCCGGACAUUAUUCUUGUGGAGAAGACUGUCGCCAGAAUUGCUAAAGAGAUGCUCUUAGAGAACGGCAUUACUCUUGUUUGUAACGUAAAACCAGUAAUCAUUGAAAGGAUGUCUCGCUUCACGGGCGCCGCUAUAGUGUCCUCACUGGACGCCCAAAUAGGUUUACCACAACUCGGGUUUUGUCAUAAAUUUUAUUUGCAAACAUUCAAUCAAAAGACUUUAAUGUAUUUCGAUGGCUGUCAGCCACACUUGGGCUCCACUAUUCUUCUGAGAGGAGGCACUCUCGAAGAACUGAAGAAAAUGAAAGCCAUUCUUUCAUUUAUGGUGUUUUGUGACUUCAAUUGGCAACUCGAGAGGUCUUUUCUUAUGGAUGAGUACUGUUCGGUUCCAAUUCAAUCUCCCGAUGAAUCCAAUUCAGCGCUUAAUAUACGAAACAGUGGUACGAACUCCAGUCCACCGAAACCACCCGAACGAACCAUUUCUACCUCUUUAGUUGACGACAAUUCAGAUCCGUUGCGAUCAAUGGUCUCUGAGUGUAGUUCUCGUGAGAUAUUAUCACCGUUAAGUUGUUCUCCAUUUAUAAACAUUCCUUUGCCUUAUUUGUUGACAACUGCGGCCAAUAAUUCUAAGCUAAGAAAGUUUUUCAAUCCAAACAUUAUUUGGUCGAAAAGAUUUGAAGAAAAUUCAUCCAAAGAGAGCGAACUCUUGAAAGUAGAGAACACAUUGAAUAUGCGAAACAGAGAGCAGUCGUCUCCUGUUGAGCCGUUUUCUGUUAAGAAACAUCCGUUUUUGAACAGAAAUAUUAUAAUGCCCUCCAAUUCGCACGACAUUAAGUCAUUGAUUGCCGACUUUCGAGCCAACGGUCCCUUCUUUAAUGUCAAUGAAAAUCAAUCGAAACAAAAAACAGUUGAAACAAAAUUGUCUGAAAAUGAAACAAAAAUUGCCGAACAAGUUAUGCGAAUCGAUGCCUUGAAUCCCACAGUCCAUCAAAACCUAUCUGUUUUAUUCUCGAGCUUUUCGUACGCGUCGACCAAUGCUCCCAAUUAUUGUGUUAAGCCGUGGAUUAUAAAUAUGGACUUUUAUGGAUCCAAUGAUAUACCGCGGUUUCCUCGAGCGCUACUUGUUUUAUUCUCGAGCUUUUCGUACGCGUCGACCAAUGCUCCCAAUUAUUGUGUUAAGCCGUGGAUUAUAAAUAUGGACUUUUAUGGAUCCAAUGAUAUACCGUUAGGCGGUUUCCUCGAGCGCUACUGUUUUCGUCCGUCGUAUACGUGUCCGAGCAGUAACUGCUCCACACCUAUGAUAGAACACGUCCGACGUUUUGUACACUCCAAUGGAUGUGUUCUUAUUGUGUUAAGACAAUUGCAGCAGAAGGUGGAGGCGGCCGAUAAGGCCAUCAUCACGUGGUCGUGGUGUCAGAAAUGCAAGACCGGAACCCCGUAUUCAACGCUGUCUCCCGACUCGUGGUCGCUAUCGUUCGCCAAAUAUCUGGACCUUAAGUUCUAUUCGCCUCAUUAUAGACGAAGAGCCACAUCGAGUUCGGUGCCGUGUUUUGAGCACUCCCUACACGUCGAUCACUUCCAGUUCUUUGCCUACAAGCAAGUGGUCGCCAGCUUUAAGUACCUUCCCGUCCAUAUCUACGAGAUUGCGUUACCGCCCACUCGAGUCCCUAUUCUUUGUCACACAUUUUGCAGAACAGAUUUUAUUGAAGAUUUGAAACAAAUCGCGAUUAAAGGAUACGAAAUCUAUUCAUCGAUUCUCGAGAAAUUGCUUUCCAUUAAAGAGGAAACGAGUGGAACAAAGUAUGAGAUAAUUGUCAACGAAUUCAUGAUAAUUGAAAAGAAAGAAAGGGCACACUUUAGACAAUGCAUCGAAGAGAUUCAGUUGACAUUAACUUCUUAUAGCAGUGAAUCGAUUGAUGAGAAAAUUGUCGAUAAACUUCACGAUUCGUUAAUACAUUUAAAGAAAAUAAUCGCCGAAUCUAUUCACACAUGGAAUCAAAAAAUCCAAGACUUUGUCACCAAUAAGAAAAAGGACGACAAAAUCGCACAAAAAUCGGGACCCGUUCCCAACCCAACGAUUAUACCCAAACCAUCGACUAUUGUAAGCACAGGAAGCGAUGAUAUGCAUAGUCCGCCAACAGAUACCUUAACUCCGGAUCAUUCAGGCAUUAAUUCGAGAACUAUUUCGAUUUCAAGCGCCACUUCGCUUGUGUCGAGUCUGGACGCCAUUAAAGGUGACAUCAAUCCCAUAGAAGUGUUGAAGGCAUGUAUCGAAGAGCAAGAAAUUGAGUGCAAAGAAACUUUGAAAGCGUUGGAAACUAUUAAACCUAACGAUGACAUGAAACAAGAUAUUAAUCACAUGAGAGAGCGGAUACAUAGGAGAGAUGACACACAACUUUCAGUUUCCAGUUAUGGAUAUGAAGUAGACGUCGGUAUAAAUCACUGUCUCGAGAAUGGCGUUGACUUUGAGGCGAGUUCUGACAACUAUGCCGUUUAUACGAUUCACGACCCGAAUGGCGAUCACAAAAAACAAGAGGACAACCAGUCUUUGAGAUCUACUGAGAUAAAGCCCGUACUCUCCGAACCCACGCCUUCCGCUGUUAAGCGUAUUUUUAAAGAAUUUCUUUCCAAUGCAAACAAUCUAACCGUUAAUAAUCCAUUCCCGUUGAGUGAACACUAUAUUCUUCCCGCAUAUAAAGAGAAUAUAGCAAUAGUGGUGAAGGACGACGACCCGGGAUCUAUCAUUGCCUACUCGUUGACCAGUUAUGACUACGAGCGACAGUUGACAGAACUGAUGCGUCAGUCGUCGAGUCCUCUCAUCAAAAGAAAGCUAACGUUUUCCUCAGAAAUAGAGACCACAACUGAUUCUUCUAUAAGCAAAAGCUCAGCCAAUACUGUCGCUCAACACAUCGAUCUUCAGUACAAUGACUCGAACGCAAAGUUUUACUGUUGUGUGUAUUUUGCCGAACAUUUUCGUAAGUUUAGGGCUAAUGUCUUGGAUUCAGUGAACGGCGAAGAGUUGUACAUUCGGUCACUAAGCAGUUGUAUCCCAUGGAAGGCUAGAGGCGGCAAAUCGGGCUCAACAUUCUGCAAGACAAUCAAUGACCGGUUCAUCUUAAAAGAGAUGUCAAAACUUGAAUUGCAAUCUUUCCUUAAUAUCGCGAACUAUUAUUUUGAUUACUGUUUGCGGUCUAUAAGCGAAUCGAAGCCCUCAAUGUUGGCCCGAAUAGUGGGCGUCUAUCGGACCAGUUAUAAGAAUACGGCCACAAAUAACGAAUCCAAACUCUAUCUAUUAGUGAUGGAGAAUCUGUUUUAUAGAUGUAAUAUAAGCCAAAAGUUUGAUUUGAAGGGUUCGAUGAGAAAUCGUUUGGUGAAUACAAACUCUCUAAACAUAAAAAGCGAUCAAAUCGUACUGUUGGACGAGAAUCUGAUUCAAAUGACGUGCGACUGUCCUCUCUAUGUCCACUCCUACUCGAAGGCCAUAUUAAGGACAGCCAUUGAUAACGAUUCGCUGUUCUUGUCGUCGCAUUCUGUUAUGGAUUACUCUCUAUUGGUUGGCAUUGAAGACGAGACGAACCAAUUUGUGGUCGGAAUUAUUGAUUACAUCCGUCCCUUCACUUGGGAUAAGAAGAUUGAAUCAGUGGUGAAGUCAGUGGGCAGUCAGGGAAAGCUGCCGACUAUAGUUCAGCCCGAUUUAUACCGCAUCCGAUUCUGUGAGGCUAUGGACCAAGUUGUGAUUAUACAGUAG